GAGAGACGGAAGGUAGCGCCGCGCACCAAGCGGCCGGUAGCUUUUAACAGGGACAAGCUUCCUCUCCCUGCCCUCUUUUCUCUCUCUUUGUUCUUGUCUCGGCCACUUUGUUCCCUCGCCCUCUUCUUUUGCGCGGCCUGUCAUUCCCCUGGGGAUCAGCCUUGGCGUUGCCUCAUAUGGGGGCGAGCUGAGGAGCAAAGCGGACAACAAGAGGCUUUCGAUCGAUCUCCCUCCCUAUCUCUCUCUCUCUGCUAUCCCUUCCCCUGCUUCCCUCCCCCCUAGCUUUUAGUAGAAAGAGGAGGGCCGGGACGUGGUGACAAGGCUAGGCUAGCUUGGGGCCGGCGGAGAUCGAUCGUCGUCGUCGACGGCCAUGACAUGGUGCAACAGCUUCAACGACGUGCGUGCCGUGGAGGACAACCUGGCCACCGCCGCCGCCGCCAAGAAACAGCAGCUGCAGGCCUCCUCCCACGUCAACCUCAUCAGGACCUGCCCCUCCUGCGGACACCGCGCGCAGUAUGACGAACAGGUGCAGCAGGCGGCGGCGAUCCAGGACCUGCCGGGGCUGCCGGCGGGCGUGAAGUUCGAUCCGACGGACCAGGAGCUGCUGGAGCACCUGGAGGGGAAGGCGAGGCCGGACACCCGCAAGCUGCACCCGCUCGUCGACGAGUUCAUCCCCACCAUCGAGGGCGAGAACGGCAUCUGCUACACGCAUCCGGAGAGACUUCCUGGUGUCGGCAAAGACGGACUGAUCCGGCACUUCUUCCACCGCCCGUCCAAGGCUUACACGACGGGGACGAGGAAGCGGCGGAAGGUCCACACCGACGAGGAGGGAGGCGAGACGCGGUGGCACAAGACGGGCAAGACCCGGCCGGUGUUCACCGGCGGAAAACUCAGCGGCUACAAGAAGAUUCUGGUACUCUACACUAACUACGGGAAGCAGCGGAAGCCGGAGAAGACAAACUGGGUGAUGCAUCAGUACCACAUGGGGUCCGACGAGGAGGAGAAAGACGGCGAGCUCGUUGUCUCCAAGGUGUUCUACCAGACGCAGCCGAGGCAGUGCGGCACCGUUUCGUCGACAGCUAGGGACGCUGUCCCACUGGCUGCCAGCGCGACGACUGGUCACCACCACCAUGACGGUGGCAAUGGCGGCGACGACGAGAACAGCAUGCUGAUGAAGGAAGUAGGCAUUGUAGAUUUCUAUAGCCGGGGGGGGGGGGGGGGGGGGGGGCGCUAAUCGGCUACAACCAGACGGCUCCUAACAACGGGGCGGCUGCUUCUGCUAUAGUGGGAGCUGCUGGCUUUGAGGUGCACACUACAGUAGGAGCUGCUGGCUUUGGACCCUGACCAAGACGUGCAAGUGCAACUAUUCAACUGAUAUAGGUAGAAGGGAGAGAGACAAAUGGAGGCAGGGAUAAUGGCACCGUCAUGAACGCAAUAGCUUACUGCAGGCGGUGGACGAGUUUACUGAACCGUAAUGCUGGACAAUAUAUAAGAGGACUGGAGUACGUGGUUGAGUGGCGGCUUGACGUACAGAUGCUGAAGUGUAGGGAUUGGUACAACUAUACAUUGUUCAUUAAUUGUUACACAUAUACGUAACUUGUCGCUAUCAAUUUUUUGUUUAAUGAUAUGUUAGUUCUUAAUUAACUAAAGGGCUUGUACAUGCAUGUAUACAAUGCACCUUUCUUUUUGAAGAAUGCAUCUGGUGUAUAAGUUUGUUGAUUGUUGCUCAACCCUUCUUCGAGCAAAGUAAAAUAAGCAA